AUGAAAGGAAAAAAAACGAAUUACAGAAGUGAGUCCAUUUUCUCCGCCAACAGGAAUCUCUUUGAAGUACUGGAGACAAUAGACGAUGAAAAGGAAGCAAAGAGAAGUGCAAACUUUUUUAAUAACAAUAAAAAUAUUCUUCUAAAUUUGUUCGUUAAUCAGAAUAGCCACAACCAUGUGAAUAGCAUUCUCUUGGACAAAAAAAAUCACCUGAACCAUGGAAGGAAGACAAAUAAAAAAGAAUGCAAAAAGGUAGUCGAUAAGAACGAUGGGGGAGGAAGCAAAGAGGAUGAUAAGAGUGUGAGGAAUAAUCGCCCCGUGUGUGCGAACAAAAAAUGGAUUGAGCAUUUCUGUUGGUUCUGUUCACUUAACCUGUUAGAUGAAGUCCUAGAGAAGGAAAUAUAUAAAGAGAAAAUACAUCCCCAUGUGUACGAUUUAAUAUAUGACGAGAAUACUUAUUUCGACACGAGCUCCAUGAUGAGUGUGCCUUACGAGUUUGCUCGCUUUAUGCUGACACAACUGGACAAUAACAUUGUACGUGAUAUUAAAAUAAAUAAUAUUAUUAAGGAGGAGAAGUACUUGUUUAAAAAGUUUUGUAAAAAGUAUAGGUAUAAUAAGGAAUAUGGGGAAGUUGGUGGUGGGUCCUAUUCAGGAGGGAGACCCUGCUCUAGCAGCGGUUAUAGCGGCAGUAGUGGUAGUAGCGACAGUAACGGUAGUAGCGGUAGCAGAGGUAGUGUUAAGAGCGACCACAGCUUGGAUUAUCGCAGCAGGACGUUCAGCCCUCGUUAUAGUAAUUAUUUGAACAUACGGAGGGAACUCUUUAACAGUAGUAGGGGUGGUCCCAAUGGCUUGGAUCACGAUAAUCGGGUUAAUCGUGUUAGACGCAGGAAGAAGCUCUUCUACGACACCAACAACUUGGGCAACUGCGACAGCACGGACCUCUCUCACUGCACGAAGGUUUCACUUACCGAAGAGGUGAGAAAGAAUAACAACAGCAACUUGUCUGACACGCUGCCCUUGGGCAGUGAAGGGGAAAGAAGGAAAGAGGCAGGAGAACAUUCCCGAUUGACAUCCGUGGGGGACGCAUCGGAUCGUAAGGGUAGUGAACAGAUCAGCCCCUCCGUCAGCAACUCAAGCACUAGCCGAGGAGCUCUCAGGGGGAAAAAAGGGAGUCAGAAAAAGGAGGCGAGCGAUUCGUACAUGUCGUCCCACAUCGUGUGGAAGAAUAAAAUGGGACGAAGUGGGAGAAGGCGUCAACAUGAGCACAGCUAUCAUAGCGGUAGCAGCUGCAUCGUCGGAAGGGUAGCGCCUGGGGAGAAGAAGGGGAACAAGGGAAAAAGAUUAACAACUAAUAGAAGAGAACUGCGAAGGUGCUGUUUCGCUAAGAGGAGCGUAUGUAAUAAUGUGUAUGUGAAGUAUGACGCGCUGUGCGAUCGUUUAGUGAGGAGAAACAAUUCGUUCCGUAUACAUCGCGUGGAAGAGGGGGGAACGGCGAGUGAAGUCUCAAACGAGGGAGGUGUCCCCCAGGAGACGCGGAAGGAUCGUCGCAGCAGUCGCAACAGUCGCAACAUGCGCAACAUGCGCAGCCACAGGAUAUACAACAAGUACAAGAACAAUUUGAAUUACAUAAAGCAGUUCUACUACAUAGACGAAACGAAGAAGAAGCCCUUCCCACUAUGUCUGUACAAUAUUAUCAAGUCUUACGGGACGAUUAAGCAGUGUUCGCGCUGCUAUUGUUUCUUUAACUCCAUGUGUUGCCAUUGCCUGGAGUGCAAGAGGAAGUCCAACAUGUCGUUAAAGAAUCCCCACUACUUUAUAUUUCAACAUGGGUUAACAGCUAGUGUGCACGAUUUUCAAAAUAUUGUGAAUCCCCUGCUGACAAAGUACCCUCAUUUGUUUAUAUACAUAACAUAUAGCAACCAAAGUCAUACAUUUGAAGGGGUAGAUGUCGGCACGGAGAGAAUAUGUACAGAACUAAAUUGUCUUUUUAAAGUUAUAAAUGACAAAAUUAAUGUGUCCAUGAUUGGACAUUCCCUUGGAGGAAUUUUAAACAGAUCUGUGCUUAUAAAUUUGUACAGAAAAAAAAUGUUUAAAAAUAAAAAAUUGAUUAACUUUAUUACUUUUGCAUGUCCUCAUAUUGGAGUCCACGAAAAUAUGGCCAUAAUGAAACUGUUGUCAACUUAUCUCGGAGCCCACACUAUCGAUGACCUAAAUAAUAAAACUACCGUGUUGCUAAAAAUUGCUAGUGUAGAAAGUAUAAGCAUUUUAAAAAAAUUUGAAAAUAUUAUUUUUUAUGGAAAUUCCCAAUCAGAUUGGCUUGUCGGGAUCCGGACUUCUCUCAUUUUACCUUACACACUUUUUAAUGAAGAGCUUAUUAUGUUUAUAAUAGAGCAAGCGAAGAACGUACCAGAGAUUCCGAUCAAUAUUUUCUCUGUGGUGCAUCUGUACAUGAGGAAGAAGAAGCUGCUGUUCUUUUACUUCUAUCAGGAUUUGAAGAACCCGAAUUAUUUGCUGAACAAACGCAAGGACCAAAAUCGCUUCCUUGACCAGAUGUUACAAACAAUUAUUUCCUCACGCAAGUUACUCUCCUGUUCGCAGAGGGAGAAGUUCAACGUUUUUAUGAACUACUAUGGGGAGGCGGUUGCUAAGGAGGAUGGAAAGAAAGGGAAGGUGAAGAAGAAGAAAAAGUCGUUCCUCCCCUAUGAGGACAGCUUCAGUUGUGAUAACGUACAUGGGGGAGAGGUUAACAACUCUUCCACGUCCCGCAACGGGUCCUCCAAGAGGGAAGACAGUCGCGCGUGCGAGGAGCAAACUUGUAGCAAUGCCCCUGUGCAAGUGAACAGAAGGGGGGGCUCGAUCCAGCAGGACGACAAAGCACCAAUCCUGCACAGCACAAGGGACAAGCCGUACAUGUCGGAUGGAGUGAACGUGCAGAUGCUCCCCAUUCAUUUUAGAAAAAACGUCAGUACAGGAGAGACGAACCGAACAGCACUCAAGGGUGUGUGCCACUCCAGCGAUAAAGUGUCCCCCAUGAAUAUUCUUAGUGUGGGCACCAAGGAAGGUGGUUCUCCCCCCCAGAAGGAGAAGAGGGCAUCCUUGUAUAAGUCACACUCGUAUGAGGAUAUUCAGAUGGAGGGGAACAAGAGGGGGGAAGCGACGUCCGACGUGGUUAGCGGCACUAACGCGAGCGGGAACACGAACACCAACAUGAACAGCGACAGCGCAGAGAAGAAGACAAACAAAAUGAGUUACUAUAAUAAAUAUUUGUGCAUUCCAGACAACUACAAAAUUGUGAGUAACGCCACCGUCACGGAGAGUGGAGGGGCCAUGUAUAGCAAUGUUAAAAUUAACAAUGUGGAGAAUUGUUAUGUGGAGGGGGUAUGUGCUGGGGGUGGAAAAUCGAUUCAAGACAAUCGUCACACGAGCGAUCGCUCAAAGAGUUGUGGUCCCGCGAAAGGAAACUCUACCCCCAUCGGAGCAACUCCCCACAAUGCAAACCAAAGCAACUCCCAGGAGAAUAACAACAAGAAGAAGUUUGGUGACUACAAGUACUUUCAAAAACUUUUCUUCGAGUGCCUCAAAAGGAAAAUUAUAAAUGAUAUAAAGACCCUGGACAAUAAUUUAAAGAAGAAGAAGAUGAAGGAGGAGGAGCAGGUGGUUCCGAGGAAAAGCUUUUCCUUGCAAAACACGAUCAACGCACUGAAGAAUUAUUCCCUGUUCUACUUGAAGAAUGGGUCUGAGGGGAACAGCUUGGAGGGGGGGGCGGCUGGCCUGCAGAACGGUCGCCAGAACUACCAGCCAGUUGCCGAGUCCUCCCUUACCGUCGCGCCGGACCAAGGCAGCACCGUUGGCGAAGGCUCAGAGGCGGUACAAAACAUGAAUAGCGAAUCGUGUGGGGUAAAAAUGACAGAGCAAUUGAAUGUGCCACACUCAAACGAAUCAAACAAGGAAAAGGAAAACAACAUGCUUCAGGUGUUCGAAACGAAGAAUGAAGAGUAUGAUUAUAUAAGUGAGUUUUUUUACACGACAUCUGAUGAUAGUGAGGAAGGCGAUGAGAACGAUGAGUCGUUUGGCGACGAACACGUGGUUGGCAGCUGGACGAAAAGUGAUACACAUAAUGAGCAGGUGCAUGGGCAACCGCAUGAGCAACCGCAGGAGCGCAGCGAUAAUGCCCAGAAGAAUGCCCCAACCACCAGUGGCGUGAAGAAAAAGUGGAAGAGAACGACGUUGCUAAAAGGAAUUACAAAAAACGACAAGCAAAAGUACAAACAGAUCCUGUUUCACAUUUAUACCAUUUCGAAUGAACAGCUGAUUGAAAAAUUCUGCAAAAAUCCUGAGCUGCUCUACUAUGAGGUUUUGUUUUAUUGUCUAAACCAGGUGCCCAUCCAGCGCUACGCCAUUUCGCUCCCCGUGUAUUCCAAUGCGCACGUGCAGAUCAUCGCCCACCCACGCAUCUGUUCUGAGGAGUCCGCCACGGUGAAGCACUUCUUGGAGCAUUUGAUUCUGUGA